AUGAUUUUAAAGCUGGUUUCUUAUGUAGGAGCCAUAUUUGGUUUCAUUUUCCUGACACUAUCCAUUGCGUCUGGGCUCUAUUACAUCAGUGAACUUGUUGAGGAACAAACUGGAACUUCCAAGAGAAUUCUGACAAGAGCAAUCUAUACAAUAAUUGCAACUCUAACACUGCUAUUAAUCUUUGAUUCUUUCCCGUUUAAACUUACCAUUUUUUCGAUUGCAUCACACAUCAUAUAUCUGAGGAAUCUAAAGACGUUCCCUUUCAUAUCACUUACAAGUCCAAAUUUCAUCCUGAGCACAGUGUGCGUUAUAUUAAAUCACUAUUUCUGGUUUAAACAUUUCAAUGAUACAGAAAUCCCACCACAAUUUAGAUUGAAUCCAAAUUACGUCCCCAAGAGACGCGCAAGUUUUUCUGAGGUCGCAUCAUUUUUUGGACUUUGUGUUUGGUUCAUCCCAUUUGCAUUGUUCGUGUCGCUAAGUGCUGGAGACUACGCUUUGCCAACAUCAACUACGGUUAACAGUAAGAAAAACGAUGAUAUAGGCUCUGAUGGACAGCCAAAAUUACGUAAAAGAGCCGUUGGGCUAGUAAGGGUUGUCAUAAACUCAAUUCGCAGGUACAUUUACACCAUUGCCAGAGAAAUGGGUUACGAAAUAGAUCCAAAUCAUAAUACUCUACUCAUAUAA